AUGUUGCCAGCUGUCUUUACUAUCCUUGUGUCGACUUUUAUCAUCAUAUAUGGUCGAGUUCUACUUUACAAUACCGAGAAUAGGCAAACUACUGAAAAAUUCGAUUGUGUCUACCACAUAUACGAUGAUGGAGACGCAAUUCCAUAUUGUCGACGUCUAAAUGGAAGCUAUCCACUAGACCGAAAUAAGAAAAAGUGCGAGAAUCAGGGUAAAAGGUGCCUGCUUCGUGACUUAAUUGAUCAAAAUGUGGAACCAAAUGAAGUUCUCAAGUGGAGUUCAAGUGUCGAAAUGGCCGAUAUUUAUACCAGUGUUUUCUACAAUAGGUCGUUGAUUGAAGAUGAAGAUGAUCGAUUCGUCUGCAACUGUACAAAAGCGGGAACAUUUGGCAAAUAUUGUGAAUAUCAGUUGACACACGACGCAAAAUUAUUCAGUGAAGCGGUGAAAGCUCAGUUUGAAGAAAAGAGAGAUGAUACUCUUUGUCUCGAUUGGCGAGAGAUUUGUGAUGGUAUUCAACGAUGUUUUAGUGGUAUUGAUGAAGAAAAUUGGGAUAAGUUAGAAUUCAAUGAAUGUGAAGAUGACGAAUUUCGAUGCACAAAUGGUAUGUGCAUUUCAGAAGAAUUCUGGCUUGAUGGUGCUGUUGAUUGUAUGGAUUGGAGCGACGAAGUUUCAGAUGAACUUGAAGACUCGUGUUAUUUCAAGUCAGCUGUCAUGGAAUGUGAUGAACAUCUUUGUCCUACGAAACUUUACUCGUGUGGUGAUGGGCACUGUAUUCAUUGGGUAACUCGAAUGGCAUUUCAACGAUCUCAACCAUCAUUGGCUGAUUGCUUCAACAAGCGCAACCUGAACUACAUGUGUGAGGUGAGUCCACAUAGAUCUGCUUGGACACUCGAAAGUGGAUUGUGUUGGCCAGACAAAAACUAUGAUGAUGUUCGAUAUCCUCCAUGGAAUAUGAUAAAUUCUUCACGACUAACCGACGACGAGAUUUGCCAGUAUUUAUUCCGAUGCAUUCUAUCAAAUAAUUUCGAACAUGAUUGUCCAUGCAAUCUCAACAAUUGUACACAAAUAAUGAUUAGGGUGUGUCCUAGCUUAGAUCAUCUCGUUCCCUAUCCAGAUCCAGGAUUGAUCAGCGCACAUUUUUCCUUCUACUACAACUACACUAGAUAUAUGAAUAAUUCAAAUCCCGACCUUCUCCUGUUCGGUGGGAAAAUAAAAUGCCGAGGAUAUAGUUUUGUAGGUGAAUCCCUUUUCAACAUAAGUUUGGAUUUUGCAAUUCAGGAUGGCCAUCGCAUCCAUCAUGCUGUAUGUUCAUCAAUAGAAUAUAAUACAGAAUAUAGCGAUUUGUUCUCACCUUUUCAAUAUGACAAGUUUUGUUGGAAUAAUUCUAAAACAUUCAAUGAUCGCCCUUAUGCUGUUAAUCCUGACGCAUGUCCAAUUGCAUGGGAAUGUAUAUCACAGUAUCGAAUCCGCGACGGAUUUUCCGACUGCAUUAAUAAUAUAGACGAAGAAAAGACCUUUAAUAACGAUUAUUGUACGGGGAAUGUCGAACGGCAUCGAUUUCGGUGCUAUAAUGAUCAAAAGAAGUGCCUCUCCCUCUAUUGGCUGGGCGCCGGGGUUUCCCGAUGUUCGAAUAACUAUGAUGAGAUGUGGUAUGGUUCAGGCUUGUCUCUCGAGAAAAGCCUCACUUGUGAGAAAACCGAUACUGCUGAUUGCGCUCGACUGAAAACAUAUAUUCGACUGUCAUCGAUAAAAAAACUCGAUUUCUGGGAUUUGAGUGGUCAUAUUGACGAGUUAACUUCCCCAUGUCAGAAUUGGGUGUGUUCGAAAGAUCAAUAUCAAUGUCAAACAGGACAAUGUAUUGAGCUGGACUGGGUGUGCGAUGGAGAAUGGGAUUGUGCAGAUGCAUCGGAUGAGGAAGCUCUUGUGCUCAUUAGAAACUGGUCGAUUCACAAUGCUCGUCUACUAGGUUUGAAUAAUCGAACCGAGCAAUGUGCAAAACGAUAUUCUCAAUCACCGUUUUCCAAGGUCUGCAAUAUUUCCAUUGAAUUGGGCUGUUAUCUAUCACAAGUAUCAAAUCCACUUGACAUAAAUUUAAACCGUCCAUGUAUUAAUCUCACUAAAAUAGGCGAUGGUACCGAAGAUUGUUUCAAUGCUUAUGACGAGAAAAAUACAAUCGAGGCACGGUCGCGUAUGUUGGGUUUCAAUUAUCGGUGUGAAGAUUUCAUUAAUUUGCAUCACCUUGCGUGCCAGAGAAUUACGAAUUGUAGUAAGGUUCUCUGCUCAAAUCAUAGGGAUCAAGAUGGGUUGUGUUCUGAUGAUAAAGAUAUCAUCUGUCUCGGAAGUAAUGAAUGCAAGAAGAAAGCAAAGUGUAAUGGAACAGUAGACUGUGAAUAUGGAGAAGAUGAAUAUUGGUGCAUUCCUGAAUCUUUCAAAAGUCAUGUGGUUCAUCGCUCCGCGAAAGAAACUACCCUUCGUCAAAAUUCUCAAUUUAUUUCCACUGAACGAUUUCCAAUUUUCCCCAUAUCAGUGUCCGAUCAACGAGAAUCAGAGAAUGUGAUCAUCAAGUCUACAACAGGUCCUUUUGGUACUAUUUAUUCCUAUCAAUGCAAUCGAGGUGUAGCCAUUCUCGAGCGGAAUGAAACUCGUUGUCUCUGUCCUCCUGCUUACUAUGGUGAUUGGUGUGAAUUCUUCAGUGAUAGAAUCAGCAUCAUUGCACACAUUGAUCACAAAACAAUGCCGAAAAUCUUCGAGAACAUCAAUCUGAAAAUCCGGACCAAUCUUCUUUUCGAUAAUGAAACCAUCAAGCAUCAUGAGUUUAUUGUAAUUCGUUCAAUCGAAAAUACGAGGAAGAUAAAACAUAAAUUCUAUCUUGUGUAUUCACGAUCUCAUGACAUGCUUGUACAUAAACGAUGGCGCUAUUUCAAUCAAACUGAUGUUCUUAAUCAUCACCCAUAUUCUGUUCAUUUUGAUGUCUUUUCGCUCGGGAAGAACAAUACUAUAAAAGAAGUUGGCUCUUGGCAUUAUCCGAUUUACUUCGACUAUCUACCGGCUUUUCAUUUGGCUGUUGUAUUAAAGUUUCCACCGUGGUUUGGUAAUGCAACGCUGGAUCCCUGUCUGGAAAACAGUUGCAAUAAUAAUUCCACCUGUAUGCCAGUUUUCAAUCAAAACCAUUCUUACUAUUGCUCGUGUAAGAGUGGUUAUUAUGGAAAAGAUUGUAGCUGGUACGAACCUCGUUGUGAGCAUUACUGCACAGACAAUGCACUCUGUCAUAUCGAUAAAUACGACUCACAUAUUAGGAAAGCGAAUCCCUCCUGUCUAUGUACAAUGGGCCGAUUCGGGGCACGUUGUUAUUUGAAAUAUGAUGACUGUGAUUCGAAUCCAUGUUUGAACAAUGGAACUUGUCUUUCUACUUAUGAUCGGAGUGGUGAAGUGUCUUAUAUAUGCAACUGUUCAGUACAAUUCUACGGGAAUGAAUGCCAAAAUGAAAAGGCAUCUGUUAACGUGGCUUUGAACAUGACAUCUGAAUUGGCCGCUCUUGCGACUGUUGUUCAACUGUACGAUAUUGCGAUACCUUCUCUUAUGCUUCUCAUCCAACAUCAGCGAGUCACUUAUGGAUUUCCAUCGACGAUAACCUACAAUCAUCCUGAUGCUUACGCACCUUAUCUUGGCGUUCUCAAAGUAUACGAAGAUUUAGUACGUCCAGUAUAUUUCAUUAUGUACCUUCUGCAUCAAUCAGAGAUCAAUAUUACCACAUCUCCAGAGCGCUGUCCGCAUGCUUCAUCGCUCUUACACACAGCGAUCGAUCAGUCGGUUCCUGACGUCUUCAAAUAUCAUCACAUCUGUCAAAAUGACGCAAAACGUUUCUGUUUUCAUGAUGAAAAUUAUCUCUGUAUUUGUCAGCCGAGCCAUUAUCGUACUGAAUGCUUUGGUCACAAUAUUCAACUUGAUCAUUGUGAUAAUUGUCUGUCUGGAGGAAAAUGUAUUCAAGGUGAUCGAAACCAUCAUAAUGAUUUUAUUUGCCUUUGCUCGUCUUGUCAGCAGGGUCUUCGUUGCGAAUUCAGUUUGCAGCCAUUCAGUUUUACUCUCGAUUCACUUCUUUCUGGUUCAAAAGAAGUGAAGGUCGUCUAUGUUUCUAUAGCUCUUCUAAUCUUUACGAUUGGCCUUUUUAACAACUUCUGUUCCUUUGUCACAUUUAAGCGACCGUCGCCUCGAAAGUUUGGUACAGGUAACUAUUUGUUGGUUGUCACCUGUUUCAAUCAAGUUGCUUUACUUUGUCUGCUCUUGAAAUUCAUCGAAGUCACUUUUGGAAUUUCUACUCCCGUAUCAUGCAAAAUUAUUUCCUUUUCUCUUUCUGCAUUCACACGGUCGACUUAUUGGCUAACAAGUUGGAUUACUAUUGAUCGUCUUCUCAUCAUGUUCUUGCCAACUUCACGUACUCUCAAAAAUCCUCAUUUAGCUAUCGGAAUCAGUGGUGGAACAUCCAUUAUCCUUCUUUUAAUACACACCCAUGAAAUGAUCUAUUACACAAUCAUUCAGGAUCACUCUGCCGGUUCAUCUGUGUGUGUGAUAAACUUCAAGACUUCUCUACUCUCGACUUACAAUCGAAUAUCUACUCUAAUACAUUAUGUCGUUCCAUUCUUUAUCCAAGUGAUCUGCAUUACGCUCUUAAUUUUUCAGGCUGCGCGUAGUCGAGUCAAAACGAUGGGAGCGAGAAUGACGUUCGGUCAAGUACUAAAGAAUCAGUUUCAAAUUCAGAAAGAACUUUAUAUAACACCAAUUAUUAUUGUUCUCUCUGCUUUGCCUCAAACUAUUCUCACAUUUAGUUUGGCAUGUACAUCAUUGGCUCAUUGGCAACGUCACACAUUACUUGGAGCUUAUCUCUUAUCGUAUGCUCCUCAAGCUUUUGGCUUUAUUUUAUAUGUUUUACCAUCGACUACUUACAAGAAAGAGUUCGCUAAGACAUCUAUCGGGAAGAGCUAUUUCAAAUUAGCAUGA